GCUGGGAGAAGCCAUGCGUUUCCUUUGAUUUCUGGCCUACUAGUAACCCCUCUUCAGAUUCAGGAGGAGGUGGCUGAUGGGUGCUGCUGGGGACGGGGAAGGCGUGAGGGGAGGGGGCGGCAGGCCAAGCUGCGCCCAGAGAGGGUGUGGCCGCCGCGGGUCACAAGACGCAUGGAGGGCGCGGAGCCGAACCCGAGGUCCGCCAGGCCUCACAUCCCUUCUUGCGCCCAUCGCUGCGGCGUCGCCGCUUCCCCCCAGCAACAGUGACUCACAAAGCCAGCCUGCGCCCGGCAGAUUCCGUGCCCCCGGGCCCCUGGAAGGCCCAGGUCACAAAGGCCAUUGGGGCCGAGCCCCGCGGAGGCAUGCCCCAGGACAGCUCCGCGUGGCGCCCGCCCAUGCAGCCGCCCGCCGGGCCGGGCCUGGGCGUCCCGCGGCGACCCCGGCCCGGCGCCCCGGCGUGAGGGCGCGCGGAGCGCCCCGUGGCCUCGGCGCUCAUGUGUGUCAUCUGCUUCGUGAAGGCGCUGGUGCACGUGUUCAAGAUCUACCUGACCGCCAACUACGCCUACAACUUCCGCAGCUGCCCGGUGGACUUCCGCUGGGAUGACGCGCGCGCCGCCGGCGGGGGCGGCAGCGGGCACCGGGCGCUGACGUGCGCGGCGGCCGCGGCGGGCGUGUGGCUGCUGCGGGGCGCGGCGCUGGGCGGGGACGGCCCCGGGCGGCCGCCGCGCGGGGCCCGCAACCAGGUGCAGUGCCUGCUGCAGCAGAUCCGCGAGCUGCCGAGCCAGCUGGCCAGCUACGCGCUGGCCCACUCCCUGGGCCGCUGGCUCGUGUACCCGGGCUCCAUGUUCCUGAUGACGCGCGCACUCCUCCCGCUGCUGCAGCAGGGCCAGGCGCGCCUCGUGGAGCGCUACCGCGGCCGCCGCGCCAAGCUGGUGGCCUGCGACGGCAACGAGAUCGACACCAUGUUCAUGGACCGCCGGCAGCACCCGGGCAGCCACGGCCGCGGCCUGCUCCUGGUCAUCUGCUGCGAGGGCAACGCCGGCUUCUACGAAAUGGGCUGCCUGUCGGCGCCGCUCGAGGCCGGCUACUCCGUGCUGGGCUGGAACCACCCGGGCUUCGGGGGCAGCACGGGCGCGCCGUUCCCGCAGCACGACGCCAACGCCAUGGAUGUGGUGGUCAAGUACGCGCUGCACCGCCUGCACUUCCCGCCCGCGCAGGUGGUGGUAUACGGCUGGUCCAUCGGCGGCUUCACGGCCACCUGGGCCACCAUGACGUACCCAGAGCUGGGCGCGCUGGUGCUUGACGCCACCUUCGACGACCUCGUGCCGCUGGCGCUCAAGGUCAUGCCCCACAGCUGGAAGGGGCUGGUGGUGCGCACCGUGCGCGAGCACUUCAACCUCAAUGUCGCGGAGCAGCUGUGCCGCUACCCCGGGCCGGUGCUGCUGCUCCGGCGGACCCAGGACGAGGUGGUCAGCACCUCGGGCUCCCUCCGCUCCCUGCCGCCCGGGGACGUGGAGGGCAACCGCGGCAACGAGCUGCUGCUGCGCCUGCUGCAGCACCGCUACCCCGCCGUGAUGGCGCGGGAGGGCCGCGCCGUCGUGGCCCGCUGGCUGCGAGCUGGCAGCCUGGCGCAGGAGGCUGCCUUCUACUCGCGCUACCGCGUGGAGGACGAGUGGUGCCUGGAGCUGCUGCGCUCCUACCGCGCGAGCUGCGAGGAGGAGCUGCAGGACACGGAGGCCUGGGGCCUGCACGGCCCCGCCUUCCCCUGGAUCGUGGGUCAGGGCUUGAGCCCGCGCAGGCGCCGGCAGCUCGCGCUGUUCCUGGCUCACAGGCACCUCAAGAACGUGGAGGCGACUCACUGCAGCCUGCUAGAGCCCAACGACUUCCAGUUGCCCUGGGUGCUGUCACCCCUGUCUCCACAGCUCUCGGAUUCCCUCACUGGCUCACGCUCUAGCUCACCUUCUGGGCCUUGGGUCCGUUCCCCACCCCCCACCCCCAACCAGUAAAGCUGGCCCUGCCGGGGGGAUCCCACACAGUGCUUUCUCUCUGGGAGGCAGAAGUUGUGUCUGCGUAAGGGUGGGCAGUACAUGGGGAACCGGUGUGUGUCCCUCAUGGGCGUGUUCUGACCGUCUUCAGGCUUCCCGGCUCCCUCCCUCCCUCCCCUUUCUCCCACAAACUCGUUUGGGCAUCCCAGUCUGCACCAAAAGGGAAUGCAAACAUUAACCGGCCCGGUUUCUGGCAACUGUGUGUGAUGGGGGCCUUGAUAACCAUAGAAGGAUGGUGGGAACAGAGGUUGCAGGACCACAGAGUGGCCCUGAAUCUGGCCUGGUUACAGGGAUGGCUCCUGGAGAGAUGAUGACCAGGGAGUGCAAGGAUGUAGGUAAAUUGCCCCAGCCAUGGAAGGAGGACAUUGGCCUGGGGGACUGGAAAGCAGGUCUUUGCAGCUGGACAUUCCGAAGAUGUCCAUGGGGCCUCCUCCCCACCUCCACGCUUCUGGCAAGAGGGUGGGGGGUGCUGGUUUGUGUGUGAACCAGAGUAACUGGUGCACCGACCACUCAUUCCUGGGCAUCCCUGAGAGUCAGGCCUGGCCUGAGACAGGCCUCUGGCUCACCAUCUGUGAUGUAUUCACUUUGUGAAUACAGAGUGAAGCAGGGGCUAUUGGCUGUACCUGUUGUCCCCAGCCCCCGGGAUGAAGGCCUGGCCAGGGCGAGUUGAGCAAGAAUCUCUGGAAUGAAAGAAUUAAAGCAGGCAGGAGGGGCGGGCAGGCUGAUUGGCAGCACUGGAGCAGCAU